AUGUUUUUCCUAGGAACCGCACCGUCCGGUGCGCACACAGAACCUUGGACCUUCGUCGUAGUGCAAGAUCCUGACAUCAAAGCAGCCAUAAGGAGUAUUGUGGAAGAAGAAGAAGAUCUAAACUAUGCUAGACGAAUGUCUAGACAGUGGGUGGCAGAUUUAAAGCCAUUCGCCACGGACGCCACUAAACCCUACCUCUGUGACGCACCAGCUCUGAUUUUGGUGUUCAGACAGACGUAUUCCUUGCGUAAUGACGGAAAGAAACGAAUGCACUACUACAAUGAGAUUAGUGUUGCCAUCGCUGCCGGUAUUUUACUGACAGCUAUUCAGUAUUGCGGCCUAGUAGCUUUGACGUCCACGCCUCUGAACUGCAACGCGCGUCUACAAAAUCUUCUCUCGAGGCCCAGUAAUGAGAGACUGGAACUCCUACUCCCAGUGGGCAGACCUCACCCCGAGGCCACCGUCCCUGAUCUCAAGAGAAAAAGUCUAAAUGAAAUUAUGAUCAACGUUUGA